CUCGCAAUGAAAUUUCCUGUGUGUGCGUGUGUGUGCGAACCCGGCUGCUGCUUCGGGGCUGCUCAGAGCCUCCCGACAGCUCCGCAGAGGCCAUCUCCCCCCGUUGGCCACCAUGGAGGCCGUGUCCCUCCAGCCUGGGCUGCUGCUGGCCAUCCUCUGCCUGCUCGCUUCCCACGGAGGGCCAUCAGCUUUCCUCAUCACCACCCCCUACUCACUCUACGUCUGCCCAGAGGGCCAGAAUGUCACCCUGACCUGCCGGAUCAGUGGUCCCCUUGCUGACCACCAUGACCUACUCUACAAAACCUGGUACUUCAGCAGCAAUGGUGACCAGAGUUGCUCUGAGAAGAAGCACAUCCGCAAUGUCACCGACAAGGAGCUGCACCAUGAUCCAGGCAGGCACCAUGAGCCAGUGGGCAACGGUACCCAAAAAUCUCCUUUUGGGGGACAUCAUGGGGUGGAGUUUGUCCCUGACCACCAUGGUGCCUUCCACAUCGUAGUGAUGAACCUGACACUGCAGGACAGUGGGAAUUACUGCUGCUAUGCAGUGGAAGCCAGGAGGGAGCAUGGCAAGCCCCAAACCCUGCAAGUUGCCCAUGGAUUUGUGGAGCUGCAGAUCCAGCAAGGCAGAGGAGGGCUUCAAAACUGCACAUUUCACACUGCCACCAGCAAAGAUAUCACAGCUGCUGCCCUGGCGACGGGUGCCUGCAUCGUUGGCAUCCUCUGCCUGCCCCUCAUCCUCCUCCUCAUCUACAAGCAGAGACAAGCUGUCAGCAGCAGAUGUGCCCACGAGCUUGUCAGGAUGGAGAGCAGAGCCCAGGGCAUCGAAAACCCUGUCUUUGAGGCAGUCCCCUCGGAGCCUCAGCCCCGACCCCAGCUCUCCUACAUGGCCAGCCGGCUGCCUUCCGAGUCGGGCCGGCACCUCCUCUCCGAGCCCAGCACACCCCUGUCCCCCCCCGGCCCCGGGGAAAGCUUCUUCCCCACGCUGGAUCCUGUUCCUGACUCACCAAAUUCCUUGAAAGCCUAAAAGACCCCAGAGGAAAGCACAUCCCCAGCAACAGAUGGGAAGGGAGAGGCAGCCACGGCCCCGUGCUUGCCCCAUCGAGACCACUGGCAGCAAAGCCUUACGAAAGUGCUGGAGCUCUGCCAUCACCUCCCCUCCUGGCUCAUACCCGGGGCUGGAAAGGAACCUUUCUUGUCCAGUUUUUGGUUUUUAAUGACCUGUUUCUGUGGAGUGUGACUCCAUACUGCUCACCUUUUAAGGACUAGUUGAAAACUGGGGAUGUGGGGAAGGAAGGACAGCCUGCACCUGCAAACCUCCCUGGGGAUUUAACUUAUUGGGCUCUACAACAUCGACCUCUUUCUGCAUCUCUGACUGAACAUCCUCUCCAGGAGUGGAUGGUAAAGUACUUUAUCCACUGCGAGACAAAACAGGGUCACAGGCGAACCCUGUACUACCUUUUUUCCUUUGCAAAACAGGAAGGGGAGAGGCUCCCUGCCACUGACAGAGCCCUCCUUCCCCACCAGCCUUUUGAGACAGUCAAGGACUUGCAAGGCUGCUGCAUUUUCAGCUGGAUGCACAACGAGAGGAGCCUUGUUUCUGCUGCAAUUUUAUCCUGGGCUUGGGAUCAGGGGAAAUUAUCUUGCUGUUUGUUUUAUUAUCAGUGAUGAUU